AUGCAGCUCUCAAUCUCCACCAUUGGGCUCUACGCAACCCUCUCCCUCACAGCAUACAACGACCUGUCCAUCAGUGCUGGGCAGGCCGGAGAUGCACAGGCAAAGGCCCUGGCCAAGAUCAGCAUCGACAGCACCUCCGACCUCGCCAAUGUCAGCAAAGCAGAGCUACAGAUUGUCAAGAAGGUGGCGAUCCAGAACGGCAAAAUAAAGAACAAGGUUCUGAAGCUCUCUGCCGCAGUUCUGGCCCUUCAGAUCCAGGAGGUGCAGGGUGACAGCAGUGUUGCGUCGAAAUUGGCAGUAGAGCAGAAGAAGCUGAACAACAACAUUGCGUUGGACACAAAGGCUGCCGGCCAAGACAGCACUGCGGUUUCUUUCGAUGGGACUUCCUAA